GAAAUUCCCCACAACAAACCUAAUGGGCUAAGUGCCGUACAAUCUGCUCAAUCAACAGAUGACUAAUGGAAAGUUUCCCGUCAGUGCUACUUGCCUACCAGUGAUAUGGAAAUAUAUUACUGUUCCUUCAUUGUUGCUGAGUCCAAAUGAGGAGUACUGUUACAAAGAGCAUGGAAUUAUAGCAAGAAAAUAUCUCACAAGCAUUUCACAAGGGUAGUGGGUGAUGGGAAGAUUUGCUAGUCGUGCCCACAAUUCAAACAAAAGGUAACAAAAGAAAAUACCGAUUGCACUAGUUAAUAGUUAUUACCUCCUAGAUGGAUCUAUUCAGGUUACUCUCCACUUCCCUGAUACACCUUAAUGCACACGACCACAGUUCAAUAACCUGCGACGUUUAUCUUUAUGAUCCUGACACUUAUUCAGGAUGUGGUGACUUGAUCCCUCGCAGGUCUUACAUAUUACAUCUAUGGCCUUCAAAGUGCGAGACAGGUUUAAGUACAUCCUGCCUGAAGUUAACACAACAACUGCAAGUGAUGACACUUUCUCCUCUGCACAGGAUCCUCUAUCUAAAAAAAACUUUACAUGAAGUUGCAGCUAUUAUUUGCACUCUAUGCAACGGGUAGAUUAUGCACCUGAUACAUUCACUUAGAUUUGCAAAUUUCCAGCAUGUGCAAAGACCUGAUUUUAGUGUGGAAACAGGCUCAUCGGCCCACAGAGUCCGCGCCAAGCAGUGUUCCCCGCACAUUAACAUUACCCUACACACACUAAGGACAAUUUUACACAUAUACAUUUAUACCAAUUAACCUACAAACUGAACGUAUUUGGAGUGUGGGAGCGAAGUGAAGUUCUUGGAGAUAACCCACGCAGGUCACGGGAAGAACGUACAAACUCCGUACUGGCAAGCGCCCAUAGUCAGGAUUGAACCCGGGUCUCUGGUGCUGUAAGGCAGCAACUCUACUGUGAUUCAUUAUUGCAGAGUUUUUAAUGUGUGAAUCACUUGAUUCAGUAGUCGGGGCUCUGUUUAUUGCUUAUGGUUUAGCUACACUUUGAUUUGGUUAAUUUUAACCAAUGGUAUCAAUCCUUCUAUAGUGAUGAAAUACUUUACAGAAUUAUUUACAUUUUACAUUAUUGUUUACACUAUAUGUUGUUCCAUUGAGGUCCUGGUACUCUCUACUCUCUUAAGUGAAAGCAGACAGGUUAUUUCAGAGAAUGAAAUGAUAGAAUGAUAAUGAUAUUGUUAUGCAUCCUUUUAUAUUGAUGACAUAUUUUACAGAAUUACUUCCAUUUUGCAUUUUGCUUUCUCUUCUAUUUGCAGCCCCGAAGGCAUUGUAUACCUUCAACAUUGAUACCAAAAUAAGGGUGGUGUUUCAAAAUCAUGACAAUGUACUGUUUGGACAGAAAGUUGUUCAAUACAAUCAUGAUGAAAACAGUGGGAUAUUGGUCAGUUCUCCUCUAUAUACAAAAGACAACAAAAGUUACGGGAGGAUGGAGAACUGUGAUCUAAAAAGCAAACAAUGCAACCCUAUCAAACUCCCAGAGACUAAGAGCGCACGCCGCAGACCUGGCUUCACUAUGGCUGCUAAUUUACUCCAUUCACAAUUUCUGCUCUGUCAGCAACAACGAAUAAGGCUUCAAAAGAAUAUUGAAGAUUUAAAUGGAAUUUGCACAGUCCUCUCAUCACAACUUAAAGAAAAAUAUACUAUUGAAACUACUUCAUUGGGAAUAGUCACACAAAACAACAACAACAACAACAACAACAAUAACAACAACAACAACAACAACAACAACAACAAUAACAACAACAACAACAGCAGCAGCAUUGAGAAUGAAGAGGAUGAUGAUGAUGAUUUCCCAGGAACAGAGAUUGCAGUUGUCCUGGACGGAUCAGGAAGUAUUGAUGAAAGUGAUUUUCGAAGAGCGAAAGAGUUUAUUAAAAACAUUGCAAGGAACAUUGGGGACAAAUGUCCUGAGUGCACAUUUGCCUUGGUUCAGUAUAGUGGUGAUAUCGAAACCAUAUUCAAUCUGAAGCAGAGUAAGGCAAUGGGUAGCAGGAUUUUCCAAGUUGUUGAUGACAUGCCUCAACUCGGUCGCGUCACAAAAACAGCUUCUGCAAUACAACAUGUUCUGGACAAUAUCUUCGAUGAAUCGCAAGGCUCCAAAAGAUAUGCGAAACAGUUUAUGAUUGUGAUAACAGAUGGAGAUAUAUACGACGAUCCAAUGAACCUAACCGAAGUAAUCAACUCGCCUAAGAUUGCUAAAGUGACUCGGAUUGCUGUUGGGGUUGGUGCCAACUUUCAGAGCAACAAUGACCUGAAGCUAAUUGCCUCCGAUCCAGAUGAAAAACAUCUGUUCAAAGUGGAUAACUAUGCUGCUUUAAACGAUCUGAUGGCAGAUCUUGAAAAAAAUAUAGUUGGAAUUGAAGGUACCCAAGGACCAAACAUUAGCGCCUUUCAUCUCGAGCUGGCACAGAUUGGUUUUAGUGCAGAUUACUCCAGUGAUGGCAAUAUUUUACUUGGUGCUGUAGGAGCAUAUGAUUGGACUGGAGGAGUAAUGAUGUACAACAUAAAUAAUGGAACAACACAGUUUCUAAAUGAAUCCACACGAACACUUUCCGCUGCUUAUGGUUAUCUUGGGUACAGUGUGACUGGAGCAAAAGGAAAUAAUCAGCAACACCUUUACAUUGCUGGGGCCCCUCGACGCAACCAGACAGGCCAGGUCAUCGUGUUUGAGGCUGGAACUCCUGCCAAAAUAAAGCAGUAUCUUUCAGGACACCAGCUGGGAUCAUACUAUGGCUCGGAGUUGUGUCCCCUCGAUAUAAAUGACGACUCUGUAACAGAUCUUCUGCUGGUGGGUGCUCCGUUCUUUCACGUGCGUGGGGAGGAAGGCAUGGUUUACGUCUACCACCUGAAUGAAGAGGGUAUCUUUGAUGACGAGAUGAUCUUGACUGGAGUCGGCAGUGCUUCCAAUGCCAGGUUUGGCUAUGCCAUAGUAAACAUAGGUGACAUUAACAAAGAUCGAUACAAUGAUGUAGCUAUUGGAGCUCCAUUGGAAGAAGACCAUGGUGGCAGCAUCUACAUCUUUAAUGGGAAAAUAGAUGGCAUCCACAAAACCUAUUCCCAGCGAAUACAGGGGAAGGAUGUGAUGAGUGGUCUUCAGUACUUUGGGCAAUCAAUAGAUGGAGGAUCGGAUGUGGAUGGAGAUGGACUUCUUGAUAUUACAGUCGGUGCAAAGGACAAUGUUGUGGUGCUCAGCUCAAGACCAAUUAUCAACAUCGAGGUGAAUGUCGCAUUUUUGCCAAAGAUGGUGCCUCUGUCUUAUGCAACUUCCAAUGAGCAGAAGAAAACUAUUCAAGUUUCAGUGUGUUUUACUGCUCUAUCAAAGUUUGGACUAUUAGAUUUGAAGAAUUCUUUUGUCAAUUAUACCAUCAACCUGGACAAAAAACAGAAAAAUAAAAGGGCGAUGUUUACAAAAAGUGAUGCAACUCCUGUGUCCCUGUCAGAUUCUGUGAGGAUUUCUACUGCAGGCUGCAAAAACUAUUUAAUCUCUCUCCAGCAUUGUACAAUUGAUUGCGUCUCUGCGAUUGAUGUGGAAGUGAACUACACGCUGCACAACAUUGAAGAGAAAGAUCAACCACCUUCACCCGUUCUUAACAAAGCCACCAAAUCUUUGGCAACUUUUGAGCUCCAAUUUCAGAAGGACUGUGGAUUUGAUGACAUAUGUGUUUCAAAUCUCACUAUGGACUGCAAUUUUACAAAUGACUUUACGUGGAUUGUUGGCAAGAUAAGAGAAGCGAGUUUAAAGAUCUUUCUGUCCAACACUGGAGAAGAUUCGUAUCUCACCACAAUGGACCUAUCCUAUCCAAAAAGCUUUUACUUCAAGGAGAUCUCAAAAUCUCUGUCUUCACAGCACAUUGGCGUCAAAUGUACAGAUCAAGCAGCAUCAUCUUCCUUGUCAUUCUUAAAAUGUGCGAUUUCCCAUCCGGUCUUCAAGAAGAAUUCACAGGCAGAACUCACUGUUUUUUGGGACCUUGACAUAGCUCCGUUUAAGGAAGAAUUUGCAACCAUCAGCAUCAAUGUCACCAACAAAAAUGAAGUUGGGGAUUUUAUUCAAUGGACCCACUAUAUUCCCACGAAGCAUGGUUUGAAUGCAUUCCUGAAACCACUAAAUCAAAUAACCAAAGUUAACAUCCACGAUAAUGACGUGAAUAGAGCUGUAAUCUUUCAUUUCCAGGCCACUGUGGACAACCCUUACAAUGCUGUAAUAAAACUGAGAAUAUCAAUCCCAGUCAAAGUCCAACAGCUUGACAUCCUGGAUUCGGAACGUUUGAGAGCGCAGAAAAAUUUGAAAGAUUGUUUGGAAGUACGGAAUAUCAAAAAACAUAAAAAUUCACAGAAAGGAAAAGAUAAAUGGGACUGUGACAUGGAAGAAUGUGAAUGCCUGUAUUUUGAGUGUAUGCUUACUGCCUCAAAACAAGAUAUCAUUGUAACGGCAAACUUAAUAAAGGACAAUCUAAAAAAGCUCAUCCAGGAGAAGGCUGAUAUUGUUGUCUCAGGAAGUGUCGUAUUUGAUAGAAACCUCUAUCAACAAUCGCAUGAUGCUGAAGACCAAGGUCAUAAUGUCGAGAUAUACGUGAACGUUGUAAAUGUUCCAGUUUUUAAUGCUAUCCCGUUGGUUGCUGGGAGCACAGUUGGUGGAAUCCUGCUCCUUCUUCUGGUGAUUUUCAUCCUCUACAAAUGUGGCUUUUUCAAACGAAGUUACAAGGACAAGAUUGAGGAGAAAGAAGAGUGAACAAUUAAAAUGAUGGAAGGUAGACAAAAAUGCUGGAAAAACUCAGCGGGUGAGGCAGCAUCUAUGGAGUGAAGGAAUAGGUGAAGUUUCGAGUCGAGGCCCUUCUUCAGACUUUUGGAAUGAUGAUGGAAUAAUUUUCUGUAAAUAGCGAUUCAUUCAGAGGAAAUAUUUUUUAACGGAAUGUAAUGUAUUUUGUAUUGAUUAAUCUUUCGUGUGGUAACGCAACAAGUGUAAUUGCUGCAGAUGUCACAAUGAUAAAGCCACAGGCAAUUUUUCACCAGAU